AUGAGAAAUUUUAUAUUUCAAGUAAAAGACUUUUACAUUCAACAAUUUCUCACUAUUAAAGGAAUAUGGAGAAAGUCUCUUGAACUAUCAAUAAUGUUUUUGAUUGUCGAAAACAUCUAAUUGUUAUCUUUAAUUACUCAAUCAAUAACUAUCAUUAAUAAUGCUAAGUAUUUAGACUUCAUCCAUUAGAUUUUAAAUAUAUUUCGGUUUUAAUGUUUUAUAUUCUUAGAUUAUAUAGCAUCUUUGGAGAAUAAAUAGAGAUGCACAUUUUAUACAUGUUAAUUGGAUUUACACUGACCUUUUUAACCUUUAUCUUUUUAUUGAUAUUGAUCUUAAAUACUUCAGUUAGAACAAAUAAAAAUGGAUAAAUAAUUGAGAUGACACUUGAAAUUGUAUUAAUUUAUUAAUUUUAAUUAGAAUAGAUAGAAAUAAAUAGAGUAAAAUAUUUUAAUAAAAGAAUUUAUCUCAGUUUACAUGCAAAUUUAUUAUAUGCUUAUGAGGAUUCCUUUAUUGUAUUCCCAUUUACACAUUCUAAAUUAUUAUCAAUUGUCAAGUAUUAAAUAUUUAUAUUAGAUUCACCUAACUAGUUCUUGCUAUUUAGUGCUAGUAUUAGUAUAUUUUCAAUAGCUCUUUAAUUGAUUUUUAGUUUAAUUAUUGAUUUACAUUGUUUUGAAUUUAAAAUGAAAAAGCAAGAUUUUUUAGGAAAAUUUAAUUAAUAAAAAAUUCAUUUAAUAUUUGCAUUUUAAACAACAAUAGUCAUAUUAAUAGGAUUAGAAAUAAAUUCUAUAAUAAUUCAAGUCUUUUAUAUGAUAUAUUUGUUGAUGAACAUUAUAAUGAGUUACUAUCAGCUUAUUUAUGUAGAGGUUCAAAUAUCUAGAUUACAAUUUCAUAUAUCAAACUAUUUGUUUAUAUACUAAAUAACAUUAUUAGUAGUACAACUUAGUGAUAUAUUUAAAAGUUUAAAUGUUUUGGGAUUUUUAAUGUUCUUUUAUCCUUUUAUUGCUUAUAUUCUUAAAAUUAUAACUGAAAGAUAAAAGAUAUCAUAAUUGAAAUCUACAGGAAAUUCAUUAGAAAAACAAAUUAGAUUUAUAUAUCAUUUAUUUAAAAAAUAAAUUAGACUAAAAAAAGAAUAAAGAUCAUUAGAUCCAAUGGAAUCAUUGUUUAUGUACUCAUUUACUACAAAUCAUUUGAGAUAUUGUUCAUUAAAUAGAGAAAGAAAAUUAUAAAAAUAGAUAAAAAUGAAAUUCAAGUGUUUUUGUGAAGAAUUUUCAGAAAAAGAAAACUUUUAAUUUAAUUCAAUAACUUAAAUGAAAAUAUUUGCUAAAGAAUUAAUAUCAUAAACUUUAGAAGAUGAAAUUAUUGAAACUUCAAAUACAUAUUUAGCAUUGAUUUAUAUAUACUUUUUAGUAUAAGUCAAGAAAUUACCAACUUAAGCAAUAUAUGAAGUUAUUAGAUUAUCAAUAUAAACAUAAGUAUAUAUAUAUUAUUAAUAAAGGGAAUGGCAUUAAAGGAAUAAGCAAUUAUAUAUAAAUUAAAAUAUGAUGCAUUAGAAGAAUUCGAUCAAUUAGUUAAAAAGAAUGAUUUGAAAAAUUAAAAAUAUAUAUUUAAAAGAGUUUAUCAAUAUGAAGAAUCUCUAUCAAUAAUUAAAUAGAAUAUGUGUUUAAUUACAAAAUAAUUUAAGGUAAUUAAAAAUUGUAAAUAAUUUUAGGAAUGGUAUGGAUUGAUUUUAACAUCUAUUAUUGAUAUUGAUUAGUUGGUAACAAUUGGAUUUUAGAUUUUGAGUAAUAUUAAAACAGUGGAAUCUUAAUUACAGGAAGCAUUUACUAUAAAUCCAUUAUCUAAUGAAUGUGACACCAUUUAUAAUCUAUUCUCUAAAUAUAUAUAAUAUAAUAAGAGCAGACCUAAAUUAUAUCGUUUAGAAGGAAAAUUGGUGACAUUAUUUAUGUAAUCUAUUGAGAAAACAAUAUUUGAUCCUGGUAGUUGUGUGAUUUAAAUCACUUUAUUGUAACCUAGAGGAAAUGUACUAAGAUACACAAGAUCUUUUUAGUAAGCAAUUGGUUUUAAGGAUGAAGAGAUUAAAGAUUAGAAUAUUCAUAGAUUCAUGCCUCAAAUAAUUGCAGAUGAUCAUGAUAUGUAUUUAGAUAAUUUUGUAGAGAGAGGAAGAAUAAUAGUGGUAAGAUCAGAAGUUAGAGUUAUAUUGGGUAAAAAUAAAGGAUAAUUUCUUGUACCUAUUAAUACUAGAUUGAGAAUUGAAACAAGUCCAACUGAAUUUGGUGCUACUGCUUUAAUUACACCUGUAAAUUUGACUUUUGGAUAUAUGAUUUUAAAUGAGAAAGGACAAAUUGAAGAAAUUACUUAAAAUAUUUUUGAAGAAAUGUUUUAAAAAUAUUUAGGAAUAUAAAUAUAAUAAAUAAGAGGAUUGGAUUGUUUAUUUUUUAUACCUGAAUUAGCUAAAAUUUGGGAAAAUAUUUAUGAUUAAAAUUUUGAUAAAUUAGAUAAAAAAUUUGAAUGUUAAUUCAUAAUUCCAUUAAUUAAUAAUAAUAAAAGUAUGUCAUAAUCAUAAAUAUCUAAAAAUUUAUCUAAAUUAUAUUUUUAGAAAUAAAUUUAUAAGAAUUUUGAAAGUUAACCUACUGAAAAUGUUAUUUUUCUUGUUUAAUUACAUGUUAUGAGUUUAGUUACUAUCAAUUUAAGGUAUUAAUAAAAAUUUAUUAAUUAUUUAGAUUAGUAAUUUUAGAAUUAUAAGAUUAUAGAUUGAUGGCAAAUUAAAAGAUAUCAAGUAAAUAAAUAAUUUAGUUAAGGGUGAGAACUUCUAAAUAAUUUCAUAUUUAAUAGUUUCAAAACUAGACAAGUUUUAGAGAAUAAUCAAGUUUAUUAAAUUCACCUUGGGUAAUAGAUUGUGAUUUAGAUCAUAAUUUAUUAUAAGAAGAGGAAAGAAUGAUUGAUGAAGUCAAAAAUUAAUUAGCUACAGUUAAUAUUACUAAUACAACUCAUUAAUAAUAAAUGCAAUUAAUUUAAUAUGUUUAAGAUGAAAUUGAAAGUCUUUAAUAAAAACCUCCUUAAGAAGAAUAACCUUCAAUCAAGAUUGAUGAAAAGAAGAAGAAUUAAAUGAAUAAAAUAGAUAAUUAAAAUAAUAUGUCAAUAGGUAGUAGAUCUUCAUAAAAUAAUUAAUCAUAACUCAAAAGAUAAAUGAGAGAUUGUUUAAAUGAUAAUCCUACAAUAAAUAAAAAAUAAGCAAUAGUUUUACUUAUAUUUUAUUUAUUGAUAAUUGGAUCAUAUAUUAUUAAUUGCUUACUUUUUUCUUCAAAUUAUUAGAAGAUAUAAUAAAAUCAAUCUAGUUAGAAUUUACCAUAUUAAUUAUCUUAUUUUUAUAAUGAAUUUGUCAUUUCUUCCUUUUAUUUGUAAUAUAAUUUAUUAUUCCCAUUUUCAGAUUUGCAAUAAAUUAGUUUAGAUUUUUAUUAGAAUGAAAUUAAAAAUAUAGAUGAAGUUUUGAAAAAUAUACCAGAAAUAGAAGUAAAUUUAGAUAAUUCAUUAAAACAACAAUCAAUUCAUAUUAUUUAGUAAAUGAUAAAUCAAAAAAAUAAUUAAUUUUUUAAUUAUAAUACUUUCUUAAAUAAUACAAAAUAUUUUGAGAGUAUGAUUCAUACUUUAUAUGAAGCAGAUACAACUAGAAAUAUUACAAAUAUAUAAUAUAUGUAAAUAAUUUAUAAUAUUUAUGACUAUCAUUUUUAGAGUUAUAGCUGAAGAAAUAGGUCUAGUUUUAUUUAUCGUUUGGUAUGCAUACAAGUGUAUUAAACUUAUAAAGAUGAAAUAGAAAGUAUUCAAAUUGUUUUGUACAUUUACUACAGAUGUUAUAUAAGAACAAUAUGUAACUUUUUCUUCAUUAUAUUCACUUAUGAACAAUACUAAAUUCAAAAAAGAAGAAACAAAUGAAGAGAAAUUUGAAAUGAUUAUAGGAUAAGCUUUUCAUAAAUAAUCAAGUGAUUCUAUUUUAGAAAAAUACCAAAAAGUAGGAAAAAGAAUAAAAUAAAAAAGUAAUUAAGUAGAAUAAAAUAUUAUAGAUAAUAAUUCAACACAAAUAAUCUUUUUCUUAUUUGUUUUGAUAUUGAUGAUGGUAUGUUCAAUUUAUUUUAUUGGAAGUAAUUUAAUACAUUAAGCUACUAUUGAUAAGAUUCUUAUCUAAUUUAAUGAUAAGAUUUUAUUUUAAUAAGCUUAUUAUGAGAUUACUUUAGCAUUUGCUUAAUCCUAAGUUUUCAUUUAAACUUAAAUCACUAGUGAAAUCUUAACAAUCUAAAAUAAAACUGUUAGUGAAUUGAAUGAUUUAAGAAAGAAAUUAUCAUUAUAUUAAUAAGAUUAAAUCAUUUAUAACAUAGUGACAAAAUCAGCUUGCAAUAUUUUCAAUGAUUCAUUGUAAAUAACAAAUUUAUUAUUUUAAUUAGAACAAGUUAUUAGGAAUAUGAUGAAUUAUUUUCAUAUGACUAAUGUAUAAGUUAUCCAAUUUUAAAGGGAGGAUUGAGUGUAAUUUUUGCAGAUUUAUGUGAUUAACAAUUAAGAUUUUUGUAGGAUUUAGAAAAUAAUGCUACUUAAGAAUAUCUUUAGUUGAAUUAUUAUUCUGUUACAUCAUAAAUUGAAAGACUUUAUGAUUCAAUGGGAUUUUUUGUUAUUGUUUCAACCUUAACUAAUCAGAUAUAGAAAUCAGUAGAAGACAAUAUAACCAUAGAUAUAAUUUUGGUAAUGUUUUCUGCUUUAUUAAUGACAAUUUCAAUGAUAACAAUGGUUAUCUCAAUGAGAAAUAUUCGAUUCCAUUAUUAAACAAGCAAAUAAUUGUUAACUCUAGUUCCUUUAGAAAGAUUACUCGAAAAUGCUUAUAUUUUAAGCUUUAUUUAAUAAGAUAUUAAAAUUCAAAAUUGA